CGCUCCUCCAGCCUGAUCACGACCUAUCUUGGACUUCAUGUGCUUCUACCGCUCCACUUACACGCCAUGGCAAGCUCGAACAGCCAGGCGCUCGCGAAGCGCAACUCCGACUCGGCGCUGAUGCCUCCACCGCCCCCUCCAAAAAGACAGAAGCGGCCGGCGAAGUUGUUGGACGAAGAUGUGUACGCCGAAGCGGUAUCGCACAUCAUCGCACGAGAUUUCUUUCCAGGUUUAUUGGAGACCGAGGCGCAGAAAGAGUAUAUGGAUGCACUCGAUAGCCAUAACAAGGACUGGAUUCGAGAAGCUGGCAGGAACCUGACCACAGUGAUGACGCCUGGACCAGACAGCAGGAGGCGAGCAGGGAGAGGAACAAGUUUCACUCCGCAAAGAACGACAGCAGUGGGCGAUACCCCGAGAAAUUUCGUCGGAGAGACCCCGGGACGAACACCACUUGAUACAGAUCACUUCGCGCCUGAAGAAGAGAGGCCAGACGUGGACGUGAACAUGUCGCUGGCAGCUUUCCAAGCAAAGUACACGUCAGAGGACAACGAAAGCUUUAACGCGCUGCUGGACCGGCAGAACGAGAAGCGGGCUGCCAAGUACGGAUUCUUCCAUCAUGGUAACAAGAUACCCACUGCGCGACAAAUCGCCUGGCGUGAGAAGGAGAAAAAGCGGAUCGACAAUGGCGAGAGCUCGUCCACAGCUUUGAUCAGAACAACCGGGUCCGAUGAUACAUCGAUGCAAGUAGUCACAGCGAGACCCUCUCAGGAUCUAGAUGCGAGGCCUGCUUCUGUGGACAGCUUUCCCAGCCGGCAGGGUCCACGAAAUCAUUUCAUGUUUGGUCCAGAGGGCGUAGAAGAUCUUGUAGUGACAAGGGCGCAAAAAGCCGAGCUGGUCUCGAAUGCCCCGCCGAAAAGUGUAAAUUAUCCUGGGACUAGAUUCCCAGAUAAUCGCCCGGCUGCAGACACCGCUGUGCCGCCAAGCCCUUCUAUGAGCGCCAUCGAUGCUGCGAUUGCGGGCAGAGCAAGGGCUACGGAGUCUGAAAAUGGCUAUUCGGGUGCAGAAACACCUCGCGUUAACGGCUAUGCCUUUGUAGAUGCAGAACCCACACCCGGCGAGAUGGGAGUGCCUGUCACAGAUGAAGAGGCAGAUGCUGCUGAGCAGGAAGCUGCAAAACAAUUCCUACCAAAGCUAGAUGAACAUGGAAUCAGUCCUUUCAACAUCAAAGAACGCAGCAAGCGGGAAGAGCUGCACCACAAGCUCGUGGAAAAGGCAGAUGCUAGCAGGAGAAAAGACGGUGGAAGAUUAGAGCAACUCCGAAAGCUGGGCAUCACUCCUGGACGGACGCCUACACCUAAAUUUGCGAGCGGUGCAAACAUUAAAAGCGGCGGCAUGACACCUGCGGCAAGGUCACUUGCUGACAGACUUUCUACUCCGCGAAGUGGCGGUAUGUUUGGCAGUGCGAGGACGAAGGAUGCCUGGACUUCAACACCACGAGCGAAGCGUCCGACCUGA